AUGUAUGAGGAUAUUUCUAGAGCCAAACAUUCCUCCAAAACCCACUAUACGGUGUUGAUGGGAGACUUCAACGCAAAACUAGGCACAAGAGAAAGCGGUGAACUUAAGUUAGGGAAAUUUGAAGUAGGCCAACGGACCAACCCUAGGAGCCAGCAGCUGGCCGACUUUAUGGAGAAAGAGGGACCCCUUAUGAUUAACUCUUUCUUCCAGAAGCGGCCCACAGGAAGUGGACCUGGUCGAGCCCCGACGGUUCGAAUAAAUAUAAGAUUGACUUCAUUAUGA